CACUUCCGGUCCUCCACUUCCUGUCUUACGGUGGCAGUGCUUCCAUUUAUUCUUCCGAUACACAGACAGGCUUGCGUUCGCGGUUCGAAUCUUUAGUUCCCCCGGCGGUCAGCCCUCACGAGUCUGUGAGGCUCCGUGGGCCGCAGCGGCCUCCUCAGAACCAUGGCCCGAAAUGCAGAAAAGGCCAUGACGGCCUUGGCAAGGUUUCGCCAAGCUCAGUUGGAAGAAGGGAAGGUGAAGGAACGCAGGCCCUUCCUCGCCUCCGAAUGCACGGAGCUGCCCAAGGCUGAGAAGUGGAGACGACAGAUCAUUGGAGAGAUCUCUAAAAAAGUGGCACAGAUUCAGAAUGCUGGUUUAGGUGAAUUCCGAAUUCGUGACCUGAAUGAUGAAAUUAACAAGCUGCUGAGAGAGAAAGGCCACUGGGAGGUCCGAGUCAAGGAGCUGGGAGGUCCUGACUAUGGAAAAGUUGGCCCAAAAAUGCUGGAUCAUGAAGGAAAAGAAGUCCCAGGAAACCGAGGCUACAAGUAUUUUGGAGCAGCAAAAGAUUUGCCUGGUGUUAGAGAGUUAUUUGAAAAAGAACCUCUGCCUCCUCCCAGGAAGACACGUGCUGAGCUCAUGAGGGCCAUUGAUUUUGAGUAUUACGGGUACCUGGAUGAAGACGACGGAGUCAUUGUGCCUUUGGAGCAGGAAUAUGAGAAGAAACUCAAAGCUGAGCAGGUGGAAAAGUGGAAAGCAGAAAGAGAGGCUCGGCUGGCGCGAGGAGAGAAGGAAGAGGAGGAGGAAGAGGAGGAGGAGAUCAACAUCUACGCCGUCCCCGAGGAGGAGUCUGAUGAGGAAGGCAGCCAAGAGAAGGGUGGGGAGGACGGGCAGCAGAAGUUCAUCGCUCACGUGCCCGUGCCAUCGCAGCAGGAGAUCGAGGAGGCGCUUGUGCGAAGGAAGAAGAUGGAGCUCCUCCAGAAGUAUGCGAGUGAGACUUUGCAGGCGCAGAGCGAAGAAGCCAAGAGGCUCCUGGGCUAUUAGGGCCAGCGGAGUGCUCUGGAGCCGGAAGGUCUGCAGGGAGCUCCGCAUCUCCUGCAGGCCACUGCAAACCCUGGGUAGCAGGGAGACCAGCUGGCACCUCCACACCUCCUGUUCCCCUCUCCACCCCCAUUCCUCUCUUACCUUUUCUUUCCUGGCGUGCUGCUGGGAGUUAGGGCUCUGCUUAGGUACUGAACACAUCAGCCCUUUAUACAAACAUUGGCUACAGAUGCCUCCAUGGUUUGGGUCUUGGAAUGUGUUAAACAGGUUAUUGUUCAGCAUGGGAGUGUGAUAUUGUAGGAUGCAAGAGCCAUUUGUGGACAACAUGAGAAAAUGUUAUUUUUUUCUACAAAUAUGCAUGUUCUCUUGAGAAAGGAGAUGAUGCCAGCUCUGAACCUGCAUCCCACGGGCUGGCAGCCAGCGCCACCCUCACGCCAGGUACUGCUCCUGGUUCUGCCUGAGUUCAGCUCUGCCUGCUCCCCCUGCUCCUACCUGGGGGCAGGAGUUUGAGUUGUUCCUUCUAUUUUAUAACCUGUUCUGCAGAGAACUAUUUUUAUUAAAGAUUUUUAAUAAGAAAGGAAAA